UCAAAUUCUAUUUCCAAUCUCAGCCGUUCAUUCCUAUCCCCAACUUUUUUCGAUUUAAAAGUUUAAACCCAAAAUUUCAAACACUGAACAGAAAAACAGUGAUGUUGUAAGUAAGCUCAAAUCCAAGACUCAGAGAGAGAGAGUGAGAGAGAGAGAGAGAUAUGCUUACUCGAACCAAGAUCCAGUAAUUUCUCCAUUUUCAUUUUCAAUAUUAAACCCAGCUGAAAUCAGCUCUUCUUCUCAAGUUUCAGUGACUCGAAAUCUGAGGAUUUUGUUCUUCACUUCCACUCUCAGGAUGUUGAGGGAUUUCAAAUUCCUGCGCCGAAAUUCGGGCAAGCAUAAUGAGGAAAUCGAAAAUGUGCCUGUAAAUCCUAGAGAUUCAUUAGGGAGUCAAGCUAGCACUGACUCAUCUAGGCCUCCGUUGAACACGAUUCAAGACCCAGCCCCUAUUCCCCACCCUACUAAUUCUAAAUUGGAUCAAGAAGGAUUGACUGCUAGAAGUAAAAUUUGCAGAACUCCAACUAAGCCCAAGACCAGAAAUGCUGACUCUACUUUGCCUCUCCGUACGCCAGAUAAACAUGGAGGAGGAGGGGCAUUUCCGGCCAAGCACCGGUUUGGGUGGGCUCAGAUGAAUGAGCCUAGCUCAACUCCCAGUGAAUCGCGUGAUGAAGUGAGAACUGAUUUCAAUAGCUAUUCAAUGCAGCCGAGCCGAGGAGGUUUGCCAAAUACGACUCCAAGAUCCUCUAGGACAGUGGGGAGGCCUGUUUCAAGUUAUUCUGAAACUAAUUCCACGCAGAGCACACCGACCAAGAGUGUUUCUAAGCCUCCGAGUUCAGGGAUUAGGAAUAAGUUGGAUGGGAGUAUUGGAGGAGGGCGUAUGGGGAAUUUCGCUGCAUUAUAUAGAGGUGUUCCUGUUUCUGGUGGCUCAAGUACUACAGUUGUUAAUACUGUUGAAGUACCUCAUUUUGAUCUCAAGGAGGAUCCAUCAUUUUGGAUGGAACACAAUGUACAGGUUCUUAUUCGAAUGCGUCCGCUCAACAGCAUGGAAAAGAGCAUUCAUGGUUACAACAGGUGCUUGAAGCAAGAAAGCGCCCAAAGUAUCACUUGGAUUGGGCAACCAGAAACUCGUUUCACAUUUGACCAUGUAGCCUGUGAGACAAUAGAUCAGGAAACGCUUUUUAGGAUGGCUGGUCUCCCAAUGGUGGAAAAUUGCUUGUCUGGUUACAAUAGCUGUAUGUUUGCCUAUGGUCAGACAGGAAGUGGGAAGACAUACACAAUGCUUGGUGAAAUUGAUGAUUUAGAAGUCAAGCCCAGCCUACAUCGUGGAAUGACACCAAGGAUAUUUGAAUUCUUGUUUGCAAGGAUUCAAGCUGAAGAAGAAAGUAGAAGGGAUGAAAGGCUAAAAUAUAAUUGCAAGUGCUCUUUCUUAGAGAUUUACAAUGAACAAAUUACCGAUCUCCUUGAUCCCUCAUCUUCCAAUUUGCUUCUGAGAGAGGAUGUCAAAAAGGGUGUCUAUGUAGAAAAUUUGUCAGAAUUUGAAGUUCAAACUGUGAGCGACAUUUUGAAGCUAUUGACUCAGGGUUCUCUAAAUAGAAGAGUUGCAGCAACAAAUAUGAAUAGAGAGAGCAGUCGGUCACAUAGUGUUUUUACAUGUGUAAUUGAGAGCAGUUGGGAAAAAGAUUCUACAACUAACCUACGGUUUGCUAGACUGAACCUAGUUGAUCUUGCAGGUUCAGAAAGGCAGAAAAGUUCAGGUGCUGAAGGUGAGCGCCUAAAGGAAGCAGCAAAUAUAAACAAAUCAUUGUCCACAUUAGGUCAUGUAAUUAUGAUUCUAGUAGAUGUGGCAAAUGGGAAGCCAAAACAUGUUCCUUAUAGGGAUUCAAGGUUGACCUUCCUUCUUCAGGACUCACUUGGUGGAAAUUCAAAAACAAUGAUUAUUGCUAACGUUAGCCCUUCCAUAUGCUGUGCAGCUGAAACACUAAAUACUUUAAAGUUUGCUCAGCGAGCAAAACUUAUCCAGAAUAAUGCCGUGGUGAACGAAGAUGCCACUGGGGAUGUCAUAGCACUGCAGCAUCAAAUAAGGCUUCUAAAGGAGGAACUAUCUCUCCUAAAACGUCAAAACGUCUCCAGGUCUUUGUCAUUUGGUUCAACCAUCAAAUAUAGAACUACUGAUUCCAUCGACAUUGAGAACAUGUAUGAAGCUGAUCAACAACAGGUUGAUGGCUUGCUUGGAUCUGAAGCAAAAGGUGUUAUCAGAAUGUCUACUAAGCAGUUGAAGUCUUUGGAGAUGACACUUGCUGGUGCAUUGAGAAGAGAACAAAUGGCAGAGACAUGCAUCAAGAAACUUGAAGCAGAGAUUGAGCAUUUGAACCGUUUGGUUCGUCAAAGAGAGGAGGAGACCAGGAGCACAAAAAUGAUGCUUAGAUUUCGAGAAGACAAAAUUCAGAGAACAGAAUCACUACUCAGUGGUUCAUUGCAGCAAGAUACUUAUUUGCUUGAAGAGAACAGAGCCCUCUGUGAAGAGAUUCAGUUGCUUCAAGCUAAAGUAGAUAAAAAUCCUGAAGUAACUCGCUUUGCAUUGGAGAAUAUAAGGCUUUUGGACCAACUCAGAAGAUUUCAAGAUUUCUAUGAGGAAGGGGAGAAAGAAAUACUCUUGGAUGAAGUAUCUGGACUUCGGGAACAGCUGCGUCAUUAUCUUGAUGGGAAAUCCAUACAGCAUAACCAUCCAAAUGUCAAUAGCCAACCUCAGGAAGCUAGGCACAUCAUCAAUGAAGACAAUUCUCUCCACUCAGAGUUAAAGAACACUCUCAAUGAGUUAGAAGAGUGCAGGCGUAACUUAAAUUCUUGCUUGGAAGAGAAUCAAAAACUAACAAGAGAAAUAAAUGAUCUAAAUUUUCUGUUAGAGAACCUCAAAUCUACCACCCAAGAUGAAGAUGGUAAUAUCAGAACUACUAAGGAUUCUUCGAAAGCUCUAAAAUCUGGACUUGGAAAUCGUAAGGAAGAUCAGAAUGAGGUGGAGAGCAUUAAUGGUAAUUCAUAUGCGGAAGAAAUGUUGGAUUUGCAGCUGGAAUUGGACAUAUUGAAGAUUAUUCUCAAAGAAGAGAAAUCAUCUCAUGCUGAAGCAGAGGAACGGGCAGCAUGCUUGAGUGGAGAACUAGAGCUGGCACAAGAAAAUUUUAUGUUUAUAAGCAAGCAAUUUAGAGAUGUAACUCUUGAAUUGAAAGAGGCAAAGUCAGUUGUUGAAGCCUUGGAGUCUGAGCAAAUACUAUCAAUAAAUGACAUGGAAGACCUGAGGAAAAGUAACAGCCAUUACAUGGAGCUUUUACAUGAAAAGGAGCUUGAAAUAAUAGCUUUAAAGGACAAACUUUCUAGAAAGGAGUUAAGAGAUUGCCCAUCUAACCAUUCAGAGAGCGAGGACUCCACUUUACAGACAAAAUUGAAGAGGAUGCAAUAUUCCCUUGAGAAGGCCAAGAGACUGAACACAUGGUACCAAAAUGAUCAUGCAUUUCAGACGACUAAUGAAGAACAAAGGGAUGAAAUCCGUAAGCAGGCAGAGGCUGAAACUGCUGAGGUUAUUGUCUGUAUGCAAGAAGAACUAUCCUCUCUUCAGCAGCAAGUUCAUGAUUGCCAUUUGAAAGAGAAGGAGACUAAAGAAGGUGUGAUGCUUCUCGAAACUGAGUUGAAGGAGCUGCAGGGGAAGUUACAAUUGUUAACUGAAGACAACAAACAGUUACAUGGAAAGCUGGAGUGUAAACGCGAGGAACUGAAAAAAUCAUCUAAAGAAUGGGAAUUGUUGGCUUGUGAGAUGAUGGAAAUUCUUGCAGAUGGGCAAGAAGCACUUACAGAUGCCGCUGAUCAGCUUAACCUUAUAUCUAGCUCCUUUCCACAAAAACGGAUCUGGAUAUUUGAACAAGUUGGCAGGUUAAUUAGAGUCAUCUCUGAAAAGGAGUUAUUGAUUGAAGAACUUGGCAAAUGUUUAGAGGACGCAAAUAAUAAAAGAAGUGAAAUGGAGUGCAUGCUUAAGUCCUUGAGGGGAGCAGCAUUAGUGAUCAAUGAAGCACAACAGCAAGAGUGCAAUGAGAAGGAGAAAGAAAUUGUCCUCCUGAAGUCCCUUUUAAAGGAGAAAAUAUCUACCAUUGUAGAGCUCGAGGAGAAGGUCAAACUGGCUGAACUUCAUGCUAGCAAAUCAUCAGAUUGUGCUACAGCUGCUUUUGUUAUCGUGAAUAGGCUUUCAGAAGUUAAUGUUAAUAAUCUUGAUGAAUUAAAGUAUAAGGCUGCCCAACUUAGUGAGUCAACAGAGAUUAAUCAAAGGAAAGACAUCCUUUUAGCAGAUCAGGCUGCUGUCAUUGAAGAGGCGGAGGAAAAAAUUCAGUCUUUGAGAAAAGAAUUAGUGGAGUUGAAGGAAACAUGUAUCGAUCUUCAACAUAGACUCUUGGAAGAGGAGAAACGUGCUAAUGACAUGACAAAAAGAAUUGAAGAUCUCGAGGAGAAUGAUAUUUUGAAGACAAGAGAAAAACUAACUGAGUUGCAAACUGGCGUAUCGUCACUCAGAUCAAGCAUGAGCAUCUCAUUGAAGCAUGACAGGAAUCAUGAUUUGAAUGAAACAAAGGGGGAUCAUGAGCCUCUAGAAAGAAGCCAUGUACGGACAGAUGCUGGAGAGGACUUAAGUGCUUGUAUCCCUGAAAGUUCUGUUGAAAUAGAUUCCUGUGAGAAAAAAAAUGAAGGAUUCAAAAGAACUUCCAAGGAUGUCUGUGAUCGAGAUGUUACCAUUAUUCUUCUCAGAAAGGAAAUUGAGUCUGCUCUUGAGAGCUUGCAAGAGGUUCAAGUGGAAAUGGCUAAACUACGCAGUGAGAAAGAAGAAAUAUGGAUGUCAGAGAAACAAAGUCAGGAGAGCUUAAAAUGCUUCUCAACUCACAUACUUGCAAUUCAAGCAGAUAUGAAUGCUUUUGAAAAGCAGUUUGAACUAAAGAUAGAUGCUGGCAAUCAUAAACUACAAUCACUUGAACAAAUUGUCCAGGAAGCUGGAAUUCAUUGUUGCCAAACAAAAGAGUUUCUUGAGAUGGAAGUUGGUGAUGCAAAGAUAGUUGCAGCCCAGAAGGCAGCAGAGGCUUCUUGUAUUUUUGCGAAAUUUGAAGAGGCCCAAGAUACCAUGAAAGAAGCUGAUAUUAUGAUUAAUGGACUGGUAAUAGCUAAUGAAACACUGAAACUUGACAUGAAAAGGCUGAAACAAAUUGAAAGCACAUUAACCAAUGAGAGGGAUAUGCUGAUGAAUGAGGUUAGAAGUUUGCAAUCCAUCAAUUCUCUGAAGAAUGUGCAAGUUGAAGACCUUGAAAAACAGUUUCAUUUAAGUUUGGUGGAAACAAGCGAUCUAGUUUUGGAGCUGGAGGGUAUUAUUGCACAGAUUCAAACCUCUUUCAAGGAAAAUUUCAAUUAUCUGGUGUGUGAUUUUCUUUCUAUCACGGCUCUAGUCUUAGACUCAAAAAAGUUGGUGCGGACAUGGCUUGAAGAUGUCUGGUCUGAGAUAAUUUUGAAGGAUUGUGCUGUAUCAGUGCUGCAUCUCUGUCAUAUGGGCAUUUUGUUGGAAACAGCGACAGGACUAAAUGCAGAAAAUGGAUUGUUGCAACAUGGCUUGUGUGAAUCAAACACAAUUAUAGCUGAUCUGAGAGAAAACAAUUCUAAGUCAAGUAAAGAUCUUCAAAUGUGCAGAAAUCUGAAGGGGAAAUUACUGGCUGAUAUCAAAAACAGUUUUGAUCGGAUCUUGAGGAAAGAGGAGGAAACUGGAGAUCUUAGCACUAAGUUAACCACUUUUGAAAAAAAGAUCUUUGACCUACAGUUGCAGGAGGAAUCGAUGUUACAAAGGUCCAACUACAUGGGAUCACAGCUUUCUAUUCUAAUGCAGGACUUGGACUUCAGUAACAGGAACAUUGCCCAGUCUCUUAUUGAUCAAGAGAAAAUUCUGACAGAGAAAGAGGUGCUUCUAAAUUCUCAGGCUGAGCUUUUCCUGACGGACUUUUGUUCAAAAGACAUCGAGUCACUUGUCUUGGCAUCACAGCUGGAAGAGAUGUCUCUCCAGAAAGAUGAAGCUGAGAAAGAGAACAGAAGUUAUGCUUCCGUCCUUGAGACUUUGAAGGAAGAAAUGGUUCUUUUAAUGGUGGAUGGAGAGUUGAAAGAACAAGUUCUAUUGGCCAAGGAUACUGAGGUUCAGGAUCUUUUGUCCUGGCUGAACCAAGGCCAUUUAAGAAUUACAGAGAUGAAUGAGGUAAACAGGAGCCUUGAAGGAGAGAUUCAAUUGCUGAAGGAUGCAGCGUGUUCAAAUGAUGUGUUGAAAGGUGAAUUGGAUGAAGUCAUGGAAAGCAAGGCAAGACUGUUAAUUCAAAUUCAAGAACUAGAAGCUGAUCGCGAGAAACUGCUAAAUGAUUUGAAAACCAAAGAGAUAGCAUUGGAUGGCUCCUCCAGUCAUAUCUCCAUUCUUGAUCAACAAAACCAGAAAUUGCAGAAGGAUAUCUGCUUGUUGGAAACUUUAUCAAGCGUGCAUCAAACUGAACUAGACAAGAAAGAUGUAGAACUUAGCAGAAUGAGUGGUGUGGAAGACGAAAAUGAGACACUUAAAAGUGAGGCCUGGAAGUUAAAGACAGAUAACAGCAUAGUUCUCCAAGAUUUGGAGAAGAAAAUUUCUGAAAUUGAAUCAUUUUCAAGCCAUAUUAAGAUCACUGACAUGGAAAAUCACAGGUUACAAGAGAGAAUCUUGUCCUUGGAGACUCUUCUUGCUAGUCUACAGACUGAUUUGGAGAUGAAAGAUAAUGAAGUGAAUGAACUACUGCAUUGUAAGUCCGUUGCCAUGGCAGAAUUAAGCUCAAAAGACCAUGAUUUGCAAACAUUUGCUGAUAAAAUGAAUGCAUUAAAGAAUGAGAACAUUCUUUUGAAAAAUGAACAUAAAUCUCACAAAAAAGUUAUACAUGAAGCUCUCUCCAAGUCAAGCCUGAACAAUAUGAAGUGUGUUGAUCUGCUGGGGGAUGUGGAUAAAUUAUUUAGUUUGCUGGACAAAGAAAGAAAUACGGUUGUAGAGAAAAUGUUGUCUGAGAUAUCUGAAGCUGUAGAAAGGACAUUAAAGUUUUCAGAAGAAAUCGAGUAUCUGGAGUGCCAUGCUAAAGAGCUGGUAUCUGACAACAGUAGUCUCCAGGUUGAGUUAUUAAGGAAAGAUGAUAUUUUGAAAGGACUGUUGUUUGAUUUAAGCUUGCUACAAGAGUCUGCAUCUAGCACUAAGGAUCAAAAGGAUAAAAUUGAGGAAAUGAUGGCCUCCCUGGAGGCUUUGGAAGAUGAUCUUGUUUUGAAGUCAAGUGAGCUUGUUGAAGCUGUUGCUCACAGUCAGAUGCUUGAAGCCCAGUUGCAGGAGAAAAUAGGUAUUAUCUCUUCUCUUGAGUUGAAUUUGGCGAAGGAAUGUGAGACCCUGAAAUUGUCUACUUGUGAAAAUAUGGAGCUGAGAGAUCAAAUUGAAGAAGCCUUAGCUGCAAAAAGUUCUCUUGAGGAAGAAUUAUCAGAGAGAAGGAAUUUGACUGAGAACUUGGAGAUGGAACUCUCAGAAAUGGGUAGCACUCUUGGCCAAAUGAAUAGUACUAUUGAAUCUUUAAGGACCAACUUGGAUGAAGUUGCUAAUGAAAGAGAUCAGCUACAAAUGGAGAUGCAUAUUUUGAAAGAAAAGCUUGAAAAGGCACAGGCUUGGGCUGAAGAAAAUGAAGCUAUUGCAUUGGAGGCCCAACAGAUAGCUGAAUCUAGGCAGACCUAUUCUGAAGAAAAGGAAGCAGAGGUGAAGCUACUAGAGCGGUCUGUUGAAGAGCUAGAAUGCACCAUAAAUGUACUGGAAAAUAAGGUUGACAUUCUUAAAGGAGAAACUGAACGACAAAGAUUACAAAGAGAGGAGCUAGAGGUGGAGCUUCAUGCUAUAAAUCAUCAGAUGCAGAAUGUUAAAAGUGCUGACAGUGACAUGAAAAGGUUCAGGCAUUUGGAUGAGAAGGAGAAAGGCCUUGAAGAAGCCUUAAAGCACAUACAGAUUCUUGAGAGGGAUAUUGCUGAGAAAGAUGCAGAGAUCACCAAAUGCAAGGCACAUAUCUCUGAGUUAAAUUUGCAUGCAGAAGCCCAGGCCAGUGAGUAUAAGCAGAAGUUCAAGGCCUUGGAAGCCAUGGCUGAGCAAGUAAAACCUGAAGGCCAUUUCUCCCACAUUGCAAAUUCUUCAUCAAACAAGUUAGAGAAAAAUGCCUCCAAGUCUAGGGGUUCUGGCUCCCCUUUCAAAUGCAUUGGUUUGGGUUUGGCACAACAAAUGAAAUCUGAAAAAGAUGAGGAGCUUACGGCUGCUAGGUUGCGUAUUGAAGAGCUAGAAUCCCUAGCAGCUGGUCGACAAAAAGAGGUGUUUGCAUUAAAUGCGAGAUUAGCUGCUGCGGAGAGCAUGACGCAUGAUGUUAUUCGAGAUUUAUUGGGAGUAAAAUUGGACAUGACAAAUUAUGUGUCACUGUUGGAUAACAAGCAACUUCAGAAGAUAGCAGAGAAAGCCCAACCUAAUAGCACGGAAAGUCAACCAAAGGAGAAGGAAGAGCUUAUUAAACUCAAACAGCAGCUCAAUGAAUUUAUUGAGGAAAGGCGAGGAUGGCUAGAGGAAAUUGAUCGUAAACAGGCCGAGAUGGUUGCAGCACAAAUAGCAUUGGAAAAGCUUCAUCAGCGAGAUCAGUUACUUAAAGCAGAAAAUGACAUGUUGAAGAUGGAGAAUGUAAAUAAUAAGAAGAGGCUGAUGGAACUUGAAGGUGAAGUGAAGAAGCUGUCUGGCCAGCAAAACCUCCAGCAGCGCAUUCAUCAUCAUGCAAAAGUCAAGGAGGAGAACAAUUUCCUUAAAAUUCAGAAUGAAGACCUUUGUGCUAAACUGCAGCGUUCAGAGAUCAUUCUUUCACGGGUUAAGGAAGAGCUUGCACAUUAUCGCUCUUCCAUUGGUAAAAGUCCUUACAUAGAUUUUGAUGGGGAACAACAGUUGAUGAACAAACUGAAGGAAACUGAGGAUGACAGGGUACAAAUAGCACAGAGGUUAUUUGGCUUGUGUACCAGUGUUCUGAAGGUAGCUGGAAUAACAAAACCUGUAUCCAAUGUAACCCCUGCUGCUGCUGAAGAGGCACUUGAGCAGAUGAAAAGUAAACUUACUUCACUGGAAAGAGAAUGCCAAGAUUUGACAAUUAAGAACAGAAUUACCACUGAAAAAAAUCGAUUGUUGGAGGUAAUGGCUCAAGCGUCACCAGUAAACUCAAGGAUAGAUGAGAACUGUCAAACUCCAAAAAGGAGUCAAACUUCUUUUCUUUCUGCUUUAGACAGAUAGAACUCACUGCCUCAAAAAGGAUAUGGUUAAGUUAGCUUUUUGCUAGCAAUUGUAACAAUACAGAGAAAAAAUGGAUACGUUCAUUUGUUGUUUUUGUUUUGGUUCUUGUCAGGUUGAGCUGUGUACCAUUUUUUUUUUCUCAUGCUGUAUAUCAAUUCUUUUGUUGUGUACUAUUCCCAUGUAAAUAACUAAAUACAUAAAAUUCAAUGAAAAUUGAUCCUUUCCCCUUUGUAGAUUUCAAA